UUUAUUUUAAGCGAAUAAAUGUGUAUAACUGUAUUAUUAAAAUGGUAUUAUUUUGCAUACAUAAAUAUAGGAACAAAUUAUAAUUAUUAAAGGACAAAGGUGCAACAAAAAGUGCGGAAAUAUAAUACUAAAAAAAAAAAAUUGUAUUGGCUCGAUACAUAGCUGAUAAUAAGUUUUCAGUAGCUGAGUAACCUCAUCCUGUAUAUAUUAUAUUUUAUGAUAUUAUUCAUUUUAUAAACACAUAUUAUACUCAGUGUGCUUACAUAAUAUUUUACAACUCCGCUGUAAGAAUAACAUUUAUUUGCUGCAUAGAUAUAGUGAGUAAAAAACCAACAAUGAGUACACCGACAUUUAAACCUGUGACCCACGUAAUUUUUGAUUUGGAUGGAACUCUAUUAGAUACGGAACGGAUUCAUAAGAAAACGUAUACAAAAAUCGCCAGUGAUUAUGGUAAAGAAUUUCCCGAUGAUUUACGUUUACAAAUUCUCGGAAAACAAGAAAUGGACGUCGCUAAAUUGAUUAUCAGCACAUUGCAACUGAAUUUAACACCCGAAGAAUUAUUAGAAAAAGCUCGUAUCGAGGAAGAAAAAGAAUUAAAUAGCGUAACACUUAUGAACGGAGUCGAAGAUCUCUUGGAACACUUCUGUCAGCACAAGAUACCGAUUGCGAUAGCAACGAGUAGUUCAGAAGGGGGUUUCCGCAGGAAGACGAAUCAUCUAAAGAACAUAUUCUCCAUGUUUCAUCACGUGGUCACCGGUUCUUCCGAUCCGGAAGUUAAGAAAGGCAAACCAGCGCCGGACAUCUUCAAUAUAUGUGCAUCCAGGUUUCCGGAGUGUCCAGAGAACAGCAAGUGCCUGGUGUUCGAAGACUCGCCAAACGGUGUGGCCGCGGCUUUAGCGGCCGGGAUGCAAGUGGUUAUGGUACCCGAUACUUUGUUGCCAAGAGAAUUCACCACUAACGCCACAUGCGUUUUGGACUCCCUGGAAGAUUUCUGUCCGGAAAUGUUUUCUUUGCCACCACGAGAUUCCUCAGGUUCACGAUCUUCAUAAAUCGGAGAUUCAUCUUCGAAAUUGAUACCUACAUCAUAUCCAUGCAAGCCACGCAGCUACAUAAAAUUGAAAAUAAAAAUGUAUAGCUAAUUUGUCAGGCAUUUGUUUAUUUGGUGGUGGGUAUUUAUGAUACACGAUAACGUCACUUAAAAGCUAAAGUUUACAUAUACCAUUAAGAGGACGUCACGUCCGCGUGUGUUGACGCCAUUUUACAAACGUACGACACAGAAAAUAUGUGUUCAGCAGUUUCAUUUUUGUGUACUUAGUAACCUUUAAUAAUUAUAGAACGAAUAAUAUAUCACCGAGCAUAAAGGUGAGAACAUUAUCUGUGUUACAACUUUUAACAUGGGUUUUUUGCGAUAUUUUAAUUUAUAAGCAAGUUAUGAAUACGUAAAAUAUUACAAUUUAAAAAUUUUGAUGUCACCUUAAAAUAUUGUAAAAAAACCAUAUGAAAACAAGGAUCAUUCCUCUCUUUCCUUUAAGUUGUGUUAUAGGUAAAUACAUUUGUAUUGCGUAUUAUUAAAUGUUAUACUACACUAAAUUGGAACUUCUGAACAUAUAUUGUCCAUGUUGUACAUUUGUAACUUUGUAAGGCUGCAGAAACAAUAUAUGUGUGCGUCCUCUUAAAAUACCAAAAAUAUGAGAAACUAUUUCUUGUCAUGCACAAUGAGAGCCGAGAGGUAUCCCGAAAAAACCACACGCAAACUCUAAAAAUAUCGAAGCCUGUAACAAUAAAGUGUGUAUUAUUACAUAAGUUACUACUACGUCACAAAUAUAUAUAGUUAUGGGUUCACCAGGUUGUUCAUAAGAAAAGUACAGUUUUCUUUUUUCGUGCGCGAAUAGAAGCUUGUAUUUCGUGUUUCAUGUUUUUCAAUAUGAUGAUAAUAUAUUAUUAAUAUAUUAAACUAAAUAUUUUUCUUUAACUGUAAAUUAUAUAUAUAAUGUCCACAAUUAAGUCAUUACGAUUAUAGUAUAAAAUAUUAUUACGUUAAAAUGAUUGAUUAUUAAAUAUGACGCAAGACAGCGAAAGGUGAUUAAAUUAUUGCGAUCUCCUAGGUACUUCCUGCGAAAUGACAUCGGUAUGAUGCAAAAUUAUGGACGCAGCUAGACCAUAACAACUGUAAUUCCUGUAAUUACUUAUUUCCGCCAGAAUAGUUUAUUGUCCGUCAUCACCAUACUCCGUUUCCCAUCAAAACAUUUUCGAUUCCUUUUUUGCCAAAGGACGUUUCUACCAAAAACUUUUGGAAAUCAAUGAUUUUUAGGAAAUGUACAUUGCUAUAUUAUGUUCCAAUUUGCAAGAAAUAUUAUUAGUCUGUGGUAAUAUUCAAAUGUAUAAUAUUAAUUAUGAUUUAUACUCAAGGGCUCCCAAAAAAGUACAGUUAUUCGCGUCGACGUUAAAAUGCUAUAAUAUGACUAUAUCAGACUAUAAGUCGUGCUUAUAAACGUUUUCACUCCCAUCUACUAAAUCACAGAAUUCCAGAAAUCAUCUUCGUUCCCUUCGGCCCUCUCACAUUACUUACACUUACUAUAAACCUUUAACAAAAUUCAAAUUUUGUUGAACAAUCAUAAAAAAUUUAAAAAAUAUAUUUUUACCCAGGACUUAUUCAAAAGUGUAUUUGGGCCUAUUUUCGGUAAUUAUUUGGAAAAUAGAUGCGAAUUUGAUAAUAAAAUUUCACGUAUUUGACUUUUUAUAAUUUAUCGAUUCAUAAAUAAUCGUAAAAAAAUAAUGAAUUAUAGCCAAUGUUUAUUGUUAAUACAAUAAUAUUUGAUUCAUCCCAAUUCUCAAUAUUGUUUGGGGAGGGGUGGGUUAUUGGACAUUUUAGGGUGGUUAGCGUCUAAAGCCCCCCUCUAUUUGAGCCUGUGGUUAUAAGUAAAUUAUUAAGUCAUAUUUUAACAGUGCACAGCUUUCGCAUCAGAAUCAGACGAAACUUCCUCACGAACUCAUACUUAAUCAUUAAAGAUCCUUAACCAAUAUGCAACACAUGGAACAAAUUAUUAACUAAAAAUAUGUGAAAAUAUAUAAAGAUUUUAUUAAU